CCCGCAGCCGCCGGGAGCCCGGGAGCCGCCGCCAUGGCCUGGGCCCUCCCCGCCGAGCGCAGCCCGCACAGCCCCGACCCCGGCGCGCAGCCCGCGCUCCCCCGCCGCCGUGCCCGCGCCUUGGCGCUGCUCGGAGCCCUGCUGGCCGCUAUCGCCGCCGUCGCCGCUGCCCGGGCCUGCGCGCUCCUCGCCGACGCCCAGGCGGCCGCGCGGCAGGAAUCGGCACUGAAGGUCCUGGGGACAGAUGGCCUCUUUCUCUUUUCCUCGCUGGACACUGACCAGGAUUCGUACAUCAGUCCGGAGGAAUUCAAACCCAUCGCGGAGAAACUGACAGGGUCAGUUCCUGUGGCCAGCUACGAGGAGGAGGAGCUGCCCCAUGACCCCAGCGAGGAGACUCUUACCAUAGAAGCCCGGUUCCAGCCUCUACUCACGGAGACCAUGACCAAGAGCAAAGAUGGCUUCCUAGGGGUCUCCCGCCUCGCUCUGUCAGGCCUCCGCAACUGGACGACUGCAGCCUCGCCAAAUGCAGUGUUCGCCGCCCGCCACUUCCGGCCCUUCCUGCCCCCUCCAGGUCAGGAGCUGGGCCAGCCUUGGUGGAUUAUCCCUGGGGAGCUGAGCGUCUUCACAGGCUAUUUGUCCAACAACCGCUUCUACCCACCGCCACCCAAGGGCAAGGAGGUCAUCAUCCACCGCCUGCUGGGCAUGUUCCACCCUCGCCCCUUCGUGAAGACCCGCUUUGCCCCUCAGGGCACUGUGGCCUGCCUGACUGCCAUCAGCGAUUCCUACUAUACCGUGAUGUUCCGGAUCCAUGCCGAGUUCCAGCUCAGCGAGCCUCCUGACUUCCCCUUCUGGUUCUCGCCCGGCCAGUUCACCGGCCAUAUCAUCUUAUCCAAAGAUGCUACACACAUCCGUGACUUCCGACUGUUCGUGCCCAACCACAGGUCUCUGAAUGUGGACAUGGAGUGGCUGUACGGGGCCAGUGAAACCAGCAACAUGGAGGUGGACAUUGGCUACAUCCCCCAGAUGGAGCUGGAGGCUGUGGGCCCCUCGGUGCCCUCUGUGAUCUUGGAUGAGGACGGCAACAUGAUUGACAGCCGCCUGCCCUCGGGAGAACCCCUCCAGUUUGUGUUUGAGGAGAUCAAGUGGCAUCAGGAGCUGAGCUGGGAAGAAGCUGCCCGGCGCCUAGAGGUGGCCAUGUACCCCUUCAAGAAGGUCAACUACCUGCCGUUCACGGAGGCCUUUGACAGAGCCAAGACCGAGAGCAAACUCGUCCAUUCCAUCUUGCUGUGGGGGGCCCUGGACGACCAGUCCUGCUGAGGUUCCGGGCGGACUCUCCGGGAGACUGUCCUGGAAAGCCCGCCCAUACUCACUCUCCUCAACGAGAGCUUCAUCAGUACCUGGUCCCUGGUGAAGGAGCUGGAGGACCUGCAGAUCCAGCAGGGGAACCCCCUCCACAGGCAGCUGGCAGGCCUGCACUUGGAGAAGUACAGCUUUCCUGUGGAGAUGCUGAUCUGCCUGCCCAACGGCACAGUGGUCCACCACAUCAAUGCCAACUACUUCCUGGACAUCACCUCCAUGAAGCCUGAAGACAUGGAGAAUAAUAAUGUCUUCAGCUUCUCAUCGACCUUUGAGGACCCGUCCACAGCAACCUACAUGCAGUUCCUGAGAGAAGGGCUCCGGCGUGGCCUGCCCCUCCUCCAGCCCUAGUGUGCCUCGAGCCCCAGAGUCCUGGAUCUGGUGAAAGACCUGGCAGACAGAAUCCACGUGCCCUGGAGCCACAGUGUCUGGAGUCCAUUUCAGACCGGAAAGGGUCCCCAUCUCAUCCCCAGGUUGCCUAGAGAGGUCCAAGGUCAAGUGAGGCUACUUUCAUGUAGCCUGAAUGAUGGUGGUUAGAUGAGGGGACCUGCCCGCCUGGUCAUGUGACUGAGCUUAAGCCUGCUACCACUAGCAGCUCAUCUGGUUCCAAGAGCCUCUUCAAGUCCCCUAAAAAGGGGUGUGGGGAGAUCUCCCUGGACCUUCCACACAGUGAUAUAGUUUAGGACUUUGUUGUGAAUAAGGAGUGGGCUGGAAAGAUGGACGGUCCCUUCUUUCUAGGCUCCCCUUUCCAGCCAAAGGAAUCAAAGAGCUUGGCCCAGGGACCAGGCUGUCAGCCCUAUGCCGGCUUGGAGCCUUCUGUGCUGGCCAUCCCCUGUGCAGCCUUCUGUGCACAGCGCCCCCAGCUGGGGUCACUGUCAGCUGGAGACAGCUGUCUAGGGCCUGUGCACAGAGCCCUUCUACAGAAGUGGAGACCAUAUUGUCACACUGUUACCCUUCAGCCCAUUGACCUGAUGACCCGAGCCCAGCCCUGUUCGGGGAGUUGGAGAAGUUCACUGUGAAGUAGGGUUGCAGUAGGUUCCUGCCAUCUGACCCCUAUUCCAUAGAGGUGUAUCCCAGCCAAAGAACGCAGCCUUCCUUAUAGCCAGCACUGUCUAGGCCCCCAGGGUACUGCUGGUCAACUCACUCACCACUGGAUGGCCACCAGUUCCCACUGGCUACUUCUGGGGACCUGGUGGACAUCUUGAACUGCUGACCACAGCCAGUCUUUUUUAUGCAUACAGAAAAGUGUUUUUGUAAGAACUUUCUCACAGUUUCUAGAUAUUUUUUAAAAAUCUGAACGCUGAGGAGAAGGAAGGGGGCGGUGGUUUCCCCCAGCAGCAGCCGCAUGAUGGCUGGGUCUGAAAUCCCAAAAGGAUCCAGCCUGAUGUCCUCGCAGUUGCACACGUGGGGAAAAACAAGCCCAUCUCCCUUCUCUUCCACCUUUUUACAAACAGUCAAGGCUCAGUAUUCCUCAGCUCUGUCCUGAGCUCCACACUCCCAAGAUUUGCCUUGAACUCAGUCGCAUGGAAGCCUACCUGACAUCAGCCCGGUCCCUGUGUGCCAUUUCUUUCCCUGGCCUCACCCGGGGCUCUGGCUUCAACCAUGCAGAGGAGGAAGGCAGGUAGACUUUCCCUGAGUCCUACUCCCCUGCCUGGCCUUGGGGUUGCCACAUAGAGCCCUCCUCACACUCUCUGGCUCCCAAGAGCCUUGUCUCUGGGAUGCCCUGUGAAGAUCACAUACAUUUUCUCAUAACAAAACCAUGAACUGGAAAAUUGGCCCCAUUUUCAGAGGAAGACAUUGGAGUCUUAGAGAAGUGACUCCCAGGGUCAGAGGACGAGAGUUGUGAUCCAAACCUGCAUGACUGUAAAGGCGAUGUCUCGGGUUUGGGGGUGCCCUGGCUCAUUUACCCCUGUAGUGGGAAGGGAAUCCUUACAAAUCAUCAUGUCUUCUGAUCUGACUAAACUGAGCGGGUGACAGCACUGCCAGGUUCUCUGAGCAGUCCUGUGGAGAGCACUGAUGGCUGGGGCUUUGAGUCUUCAUCAGAUGACGCUGCACAUCCCCAGCUGACACCUUGCCACCCCUCUGCCUUUCUUCCUCCAUCCCUCAGCAUGCCCUGUAAUAAAAUUGGAGAGCCUGAGGUA